AUGGAUUACAUAACUCCUUUCGUUAACAUUGCAUUUGCGUUCGCAAGCGUUCUUGCCACUAGACAGCUUCUACAACGCUAUAACUCUAUUAGCGAUGCAACUCCAACCACGACCGACAGUCUUCGUCUCUCUGAAGACGAACCACCUCAAAUCGCGGAGAACGUCAAAACCUGUAUGAUCUGCAGGUCUGACGAAAGCAAAGAUGAUCCCUUCAUCAAAGCACCUUGUGGCGAGCACUUUGCCUGCGCAGACGACAUAGCCAACUUCUUUGAAUAUGCGACCAACGAUGAGAGUCUUUACCCUCCAAAAUGUUGCGGUCGGAUUUUCUUGCUGGAAGAAUACAAAGACCACAUUCCUGCUGAUAUAGCAUCAGCGUAUCACAGCAAGCAACAAGGCAAGUACUCAAUUUUGGCAAAAUGCGGCACCUCCUUCUGCUACAUCUGCGGCAAACCCUGGGCCGGUUUCCGUCACGGCUGCCCCAGAUACGGCCCGGCCAUCUACGACGCCCAAGGCUACAACCAAAACGGAUUCCACCGCGACACGGGACUCAAUCGCGCCGGUCGUACCGCUACCCAGCAGUACGGCUAUCUCGAGCGAUUGCUGUACGCGCAAGAUCAAAUCAUCGCCCGAGAUCAAGACGGUGCGCACCGGUUUCCGUGGCCGCCUCUCGGGCGGUUGUUUAGGGUUUCGAUGGCGCUGAGUGCGUUGCUCGUUCCCGGGAUGGGGUGGCAGGAUAGGAUUGGGGUUGUGUUGGGUAUGAUUGUGAUUCCGAGUAUGUGGGAGUUUGCGCCGACGCCGCCGGUGUGGAAUCAGAUUGAUUAUUAUGAUGAUUUGGAUGAUGAUCUUGGAUUUUGA